GAGAGCUUAAGACAUUGCGGGCAUUACCGGUAACCAGAUGUCAUUAGUCAUUAAUGAAUGUAAAUUGUAAUGCGUUUCUAAUGCGAUAGUCCACCAAUAGUGAAAAAGAAUGGACGAAAUUUUGACUUAUCAACGAAAACAUGAAGAUGAUUAUUACUUUAUUCUUGGUUGCCAUGAAAGCUCAACGGUAAAUACUAAAAAAAAAAUUAAAUAAAUAUGAACAAAGAUAAAGUCAUAAUUACCAAAACAAAAACAACGUGAAUGAUUGAACAGCGUGGAUGAUGACCAUGACAAUUAUUUUUUAUUCUAUGAAUAUUGGUUAUGAAUGAGUGACUAAAUUGAUGCAGAAGCUUUUACGCGUUAUUUACUAGUUGUUUAAUUUUAGCUUAGACCAGGACAAGUUUGUUUUUCUAAAACUAAAACAAAUCCCGUAGCCUUCCCCCGCCCCCUUUAAACUUUAAGGCAAGUAUUUUAAUUAACGACUUUAACUUUAAUACUUCACUUCAAUUUCAAUACAUAAAUAUCGAAAAAGAUGGGGGGGAUUUUUUAUAUAUACACUGUAUAAAUAGUAAAAUGUAUAAUAGUAUAAUACAGGGCUAUCGUAUCACACCAUGCCUCUGGCACCAAUUUUCCUCCACAUUCCACAUGUUUCUGUAUCCAUUAAUGACAUCACACUCUAGAUUUGUAAAAAUUGACGUGGGGGGGGGGGUUGAUAUGUGGGGAUUAUGUUUGAUAAAAAAGUUAAAUUUUUAUAAAUACUUGCAAUGAUUUCAUUGUCUAUACUAUAAGCAUGGGCGCCCGCGGGGAGGGGGGGGGGGCACUUCCCCCCCUGGAUUGAUUGGAUAAAUAAAUUUUUAGACAAAAAUAGACAAAAAAUUUAUUAAAGUAAAGAGAAAAUAAAGAGAAAGUAACUAAGCUGAUGUCCUGUCCGUAAAUUAAAACUACAUUAAAACAUCACUUAAAAAAUGUUGCCCCCCCCCCGAAAGUUAAUCGAUUUUUUUUGCCCCCCCCCCUAGAAAGUUUUCUGCGGGGCGCCCAUGUCUAUAAGUAGUAUUGAUUUACAAAGAGGAAAAUAUAGAUUACUAAUAUUAAUACAGAAAGAUGAGUCUGUCGUAUUAUAUAAAAGCACUAACAAACUCUAAUUUUACUCAGUGCAAAUCAAGUUAACUUAAGUGUCAGCUAAUGAGUUACAUCCCUCCUAUCAAAUGAGAGUUGACCAAUCGCUACCGCUUAAACCCCUUACUUGCCUACUAUGAGAUGAUCCACGAUUGCCAAGAAAAAAAGCAUUCAACAGUCCACUUAAAUAAGAAUNUGUCCGUAAAUUAAAACUACAUUAAAACAUCACUUAAAAAAUGUUGCCCCCCCCCCGAAAGUUAAUCGAUUUUUUUUGCCCCCCCCCUAGAAAGUUUUCUGCGGGGCGCCCAUGUCUAUAAGUAGUAUUGAUUUACAAAGAGGAAAAUAUAGAUUACUAAUAUUAAUACAGAAAGAUGAGUCUGUCGUAUUAUAUAAAAGCACUAACAAACUCUAAUUUUACUCAGUGCAAAUCAAGUUAACUUAAGUGUCAGCUAAUGAGUUACAUCCCUCCUAUCAAAUGAGAGUUGACCAAUCGCUACCGCUUAAACCCCUUACUUGCCUACUAUGAGAUGAUCCACGAUUGCCAAGAAAAAAAGCAUUCAACAGUCCACUUAAAUAAGAAUGGGGUUGAUGAAAGCGCAGCAGUUAUUGGAAGGGCGAGAAUUUCAGCCAACUUUUUUUUAGAAUUUUUAAAAUUUCAUGGUAGUGGGCAGAAAAAUUUUGGCCCAUCCCUGGCGGCACAAACUCUGCUUACGACACUUAGAUAUUAUUUUUUAUCCCUAGCUAAACCAUUACAAUAGUGUUAUUGUAUGCCGUAACAAUAGUGUUAUUGUAUGCCGUAACAAUAGUGUUAUGGCACUCACCAUGUCUCUAGAUUACACCUCGUACUGAAACCCCUUGUCUGCUUAUUACAUUUCCCUGGUAUGCUCAUUAUAACUAACGCCUAGACAUUGGUUGCACCCUGAUUUUGGUAGAAUUCUAUUUCAUAGCCUUCUCAAGCUUCACAUCUUUUGCCUGGGCAAAACACACCUUAAAGUUGGGGCGCGUUACAUAGUUAGGUUUCAGGAAAGUUGAAUGGCUUGCUUGAGAUUGGAGAGGUCAGCCAGAAUUUAAACAAUUUUUUUUUGUUGCUUUUUCAGACCCACUCGGGGAGGGGGGGGGGGGGCAGAAUGACUUUUCCCCAAAAUGUCUAUUUUUUUUCUGUCUUUCUGGUUCAUCAUUCUCUGGAGUUAACUAUGAUAACUGUGGAAGGCUCAAGAGUGCACAUAUUGAUUGACAUGUGUUGGGACUUUGCUAAAUAUUUGGAUGGUCACUUUAAUAUGACAGUGACUAGGGGGCAAGUUUGAUGCCCUUAUAUCUCAUGCCUGAAAAAAAUAUAUUAAAAAAUAUGGUGAGUCAAAAGCUGUUCUGCUGGGAACAGUCUCAACUCUUGUAUGCUCAAUGGUAGUCUCCAAUGGUAUUUGCCGACAGCGUGUGGGUCCCCCCAAAAUGUGUAGGUCUGAAUUUGGACAUGGUAUUUUGCCAUUCAGCUAAGUUCUUUGUAUUUACUUGUCUGUACAUUCACUUGUCAUGCGUUUAGAUGUCUAGAAACCAUCCACUGCAUUUCUCAGAUACUAACUUCUAAUUUAACACACACCCCCCCCCCCCUCCCUCCAAGUCUCCAAGGGACCAUCUGUAUAUUCCGAACGCACUGAGGGGAUGGGGUGCAUUGCAGAGUAUGAAUGUAAAACCCUCCACCGCAUUUCUCAGAUACUAACUUCUAAUUUAACACCCACCCCCCCCCCCCUCCCUCCAAGUCUUCAAGGGACCAUCUGUAUAUUCCGAACGCACUGAGGGGAUGGGGUGCAUUGCAGAGUAUGAAUGUCAUAAUACAACUAUUGGUCAAAGAUUGCAAAUAUAAAGAUACAAAGUAGGAAAUCCAUUAGAAAGAGAAAAGAAACACUGAGUAUAACAUUGUAAAAUAUUUUUGUUUAAACUUACCUUGUGCAUGGUACAAAAAAAUUAUGUGAAAGGGAGUGUGUGUAAGGGGGUUGGGAAGGACUGAGGUUACACCAUCAGUUAAUUCUUCCCCCCACUUUAAGCUGACGCCUUGGCGUUAGAAUCUGACAUAAGGGUUAAGUUUCUAUUUUUUUACCUUACUGGUACCAUAUGAAUAUUGCUUUUGUUCUGAAACUGGGUAAAGGUGAAAAAUUUUGGCCACACACCAGCUGAGUAGACAAUAAAUAAACUGUUCUCGGUCUACUGAUUUAAAAAAAAUUUUUAUAUUAAAUAAAACCAACAAAAAUAUACGACAAACCAAUUGGAAAACAAUAAAUACAUGUUCUAUUAACAGUUUGAGUUUAUUUUAGUGUCGUUCCAUCAGGUGAAUAGGGAGAUUGAAUGAUGUCCACUCGACAAUGGCAUUUACUUUAAUCCACUUGAAUAGAGCUUAGCAUCAAAUACUAUCAUGGUAUUUUUCCUUCUUUAAAAAAAUUACUACGCUAGAAGAAAGAAAAAAGUAACAAUACAAAUAAUACCCCCAAAUUUUUUUUUUUUAAAUCAUCAGAUUUUAUUAAUAAAUAUGCAAAUAAACCUGAUUUAGGAUUUUAGCCAAACUUGAUAUGAUGCUGAUGACAGAGGAGGGUUGUAAUGAACCAUUUUUGAAAUGACAAAUGUAUUUGUCUUCUGCACUUCGAUGCUAUUGUAAAAAAUAUAUUUAAAAUGAAACAUAACGUUUUUACUACUUUUGGCUAAUGAAAAAUAUAAUCAGCUCUCAUUCUAUACACCGGUAUAUUUUUUUGCCUUGUCUGAUUAAAUUUUUUGGGCAGUUUUUUUUAUAGUGCUUCUUCGCCCUCCUCAAGAAUCCCUGGUCUAGACUUAAGUGCUUGUACGUCAGAUGAGUAAAGACUAAAAAUAAACAGAUGGGCCUCCAGAAACACUAACAGUCUUAUUCAAUAGUAUAGUACAAUACCAUUAAUGAAUUAUACUAACCUAGGCUAAUUUAUUUAGCUACAAAUUUAAAUAAUUAAGCGACCCAAUAAAUAUCCUGAGAUUAAUUUAUGAGUUAGUAGGAGAGCAAAUACUUGAAAGGAGAAUGUGAGGUGGACUAAAGUAGGCCUAGGGCAAUAAGGGAAAGGCAGUGCUGGAUUAACCUAAAAGUAAGUGAUCCAAAUUUUAAGGGGUCUUAAUUCUUAUUUGAUCUUGAACGUAGUUGUAAUGAAAUAAUAUAUGAAGUGAUGGGUAGCACAGACAUCACCAACAUAGCAAGUUACAAAAAUCAGGGAAGAAAAGCAAAAGCAAGAGAAAAAACACAUACCGUAAACUUUUCCUAAGAUUACUUAUUACUAAGAAAGUAACAUCAAAGAGAGGAUCUUGAAUAAAUAAGAAUAAAAGUAGAAUACAAAUAUUUUUUUCAAUUUUUAGUCACAUGUAACUAAAAGUUAAGUCAAACACAAGGUGAAAAAUGUGGAAAUUUUUUAGGGUCAAAAUUUCAAAUGCUUAGCAGGUCUUAACUAGCACUGGAAAAAGGUCAAAGGUUUGUAGGUCAAGAUGAGGUAAAUGGGUAUAGGAGUUUGGGUGGGAGAGGUUAGGAAACUUGUUAAAGUUAUGGGUUUAAUCAAUUUGGGAUGGGGUUGGGGUGUAAGGUCUUGACAAGACUAUAGAGAGGGUGCCGAUGGGAGAGGUAAAAGAAAAGUUAGGAGAGGGGAGAAUCUAAGUAGGACGGUCUGUCUCACAAAGAGAGAUUGUGCAAGUAAAAUUAACUCACUAAUCCAUGAGCAUAUUUCUGACAUGUUUUAUAGUUGAGAAUGUCUAGUAAUAAUAGUAUUAAAAAUAACUUGAACCUUGAUGUGGGAAACAUGUUAACAAAAUAUAAAACACAAAACAUUGACAAAGUUCCUACAUAAAAAAACUGUCCAAGAAAUCAGGUUUCAUAGAGUGGAGAAGGAGCAGGGUCUUUUUGGCUGGGGAUGGACCUGGUGAAAAACUACAACCUGGCCGUAACAACUUACAUUUUAUUUUAAAAUGGCAAUGGGUGAGAAGUUUUAAAAAUAUUCAAAUUUUAAUAGUGGAAAGAAAAUGUAUCUGUUAAUUAUCCCGCAAGGUUCAUCAACUGGGAUUAUCGACAUGUCGCCCCUUACUACUUUACCUGUGUUAUAGCUUUCAUUUUCUUCAUUUCAGGAAGAACAAAUAACAGCUGAGUACAAAGCUCAAGUUUUGUUGUGUCACCCGGACAAGCAACAAAAUGAUGCCACUGCACGUAAGAUUAAGGAUUUAACAUAUCAAAUUGUGUUGUGUCACCCAGACAAACAAAAUAUAAUGCCACUGCACGUAAGAUUAAGGAUUUAACAUAUCAUGUUUUGGGGUGUCACCAGGACAAGCAACAAAAUGAAUAAGUUCUUUUUGGCAAGAACUGAAUGUCAACAACACAAGAACUGAAUGUCAACAACACAAGAACUGAAUGUCAACAACACAAGUGUCUGGGAAUCAAUAAGUUCUUUUUGGCAAGAAAUGAAUGUCAACAACACAAGAACUGAAUGUCAACAACACACAUGUCUGGGGAAUCAAUAAGUUCUUUUUGACAAGAACUGAAUGUCAACAACACAAGUGUCUGUGUGAAAUUGAAGUGUACAAAGUAAUCAAAGAUCUGUGUUGUCGUUUCUGACCAGCAAUAUUAAUUUGUCAAUGUGUAUGAUAAAGUCUGAACGUGAGAAACACAACCUAGGUAGCAGAAAUAUUUGUCAUUGUUUGAAAUCUCUCACAAAAAAACAAAUCAACUGAUGCCAACAUGAUCAGAAUUGUUACAAGGAGUCACGUUAACAUCUGGUUUUCACUAAAGACCUAAAUAAAAGGAAUGAAUGAGCUUUAUCCCAUUUUAAAUUUUAAUUCUGAUAAAUUUUUUCAUUAAUCUCCAUUCCAGAUGAAAAGUUUGCAAGGUUAUCCCAGGCAAAAGACACUUUGCUUGAUCCAGAGAAGAGAAAAGAAUAUGACAAAUGGAGGCACAGUGGAAUAGCCAUUCCCUUUGAAACAUGGCGGUCCAUGAGUCAUGUUAAAACUGUAGGUUACUAAAUGGCCACCGUGUAUCUCUUUGUAAUCUUGAGGAUCAAUUUGUAUUAGGUUGGAAUUCAGUUGUUUUUUUGGUUUCUCAAGUACCGGUAACUGAUUUUCUUUUAACAUGCCAAAACUGAGUGACUGGAGAGCAUAAUUAUCACCAACUUAACAAAUAAGACAAGAAUACUAAACACUAAAUACUAGCACUACUGGGUAGAAACCGUAAUGACAUAAUUAAAGCAUUCAGGGAACUUGAAAAUGCCUCAUUCAAAGCUGGCCUUGAUAUAAAUGAACCGAAGACAAAAUAUAUGAUAAUGUCAAGAAACUCCCAUGCUGAUUAUAACAUCAAUAUAAACAACCACAAAUUUGAGAGAGUGGCCACAUUCAAAUAUCUAGGGGCAACUAUAAAUGAGCACAAUGAGAUAAUGAGGUGAAAGAAAGGAUAACAGCAGGCAACCGUUCCUAUUUCAGUCUACAAAACCUACUGGGAAACAAAAACUUAUCAAGGGGAACAAAGAAGACAAUAUACACCACCAUCAUAAGACCUGUAGUAACAUACGCUAGUGAGACCUGGACCCUCACCAGAAAAGCAGAGAACCUGCUCAACACAUGGGAGAGGAAAAUCCUCCGCAAAAUAUACGGACCUGUGAUAGAAAAUGAUACCUGGAGAAUAUGUACAAACCAAGAACUUUAAUAUUUGUACAAGGAACCACCCAUAGUCACAAUGAUAAAAAAAGGCAGACUACGCUGGGCAGGUCAUGUUGAAAGGAUGCCGGAAUGCAGAGCAGCCAAAAUUAUAUACAGGCAGAAGCCUAGGGGCAGACGACUCAUCGGUCGCCCAAGGAUGAGGUGGAUUGAUGAUGUGGAGACAGAUUUACACCAGUUGGGGGUUUGAGCAUGGAGACAGAAAGCCAUGGAUCGCUCCGAAUGGAAGAAUGAGGUGGAGCAGACCAGAUGGGCUGUAGUGCCACUGAUGAUGAUGAUGAUGAUGACUAAACACUUAAUAGGUCCAUAAAGUUUAUGCACAGGCCUAAUAGAGUUUAUUGACUAAAGAUACCAUAUUAUUAAAUUUAAUAUUAUUAAAAAUCAGUUAAAUCAAGCACUAUAAAUAUAAGUUAGAACCAUGUGUCUUCAUUUACAAUAAAUUACUCUUAUCUGAAAUUUUGGUACAUGUUGCAUGGGCCCUGCAUUCCCUGCUGCUGCAAGGGGUCUCAGAUACUUAAGGGGUCCAAAAUAAACAUGUGGACAAAGUUUUAACUAUCAAUUUUGAAUGUAGCAGGUAAAAAGCCAAAAUGAGGCAGGCGGCCUCAAAAAGUCACUUGUGGGCCCUGCAUGGCACUGAAAUUUACCAAUGUUAGCAUUAGCCCUGUUAAAAAAGUUUAGUUAAAUACAUUUUGUCCUUUGACUUGAUUGGGUAUAAAGAGAUUGGCAGUUGAUUGGGUAUAAAGAGAUUGGCAGUUGAUUGGGUAUAAUGAGAUUGGCAGACAGCAUUCUGGCCCUCAGGCCGUAGGUUGGACACUCUGCCUACAAAAGCUUCUCCUAAAGAUCUGAGGUGCACAUUAAAUAAAAAGGUUCCAACAUUUGUGUCAACCAUUUUUUUAGAAUCCAAAAAAAACUUUUUAUUGUACUUAUAUUUAAUUCAAGUUUUUACAAUUAGAAUUAUAGCUGGGUAUAUUUGUUUAAAAUCUUUCCUGAAAUGUUCAGUUCUUUCCACCGAAAUGUACUUAUAAAUGUAUGUAUAAAGAGGACUAAAUGAUUAUUGAAAAAGCUAUAACUGUUGAAUAAUGAUUUCAGUCAAUGCAUUGGGGCUAUCAAAAAGAACAAGUGGCCAUCAGUCACCCAGAAGGAAAAGAACCAACCUCCUCACAUUGCAAGCAUGUACCAUCAUCACAUGCCAGCAAAAGUCAAAGUUUGAUUGAUCUUGAGGAGAAACUUAAAUUUACAUUACGAGGUACAGCAUUUUUAUAUUAUUAAGAUAACUUGGGAAAUGCAGCUUACAUUUUUCUUAAUUUCACCAUGGCUUUAGAAAUGUCAGUUUCCUGGUUUAGAAAUAUUUUGUAAUUAUCACUUGUUGUUUAGGUCUACAAUCCUAGAUAUUUGAGUAAUUUAUUUUCUUUCUUUUUUAAAAUAUUAAUUUCUCAACAGAGCCAUCUUCAAAAAGUUCCACUCCAGAAUGUAAGAGAGAUAUACAAUCUAACUCUAACCCUAUGCUGGAGAAGUUUAGGAACUAUCAAAUCUAAAGAAACAAGGCAUGCAGUAUUUAGAGCACCAGUACUAUUCCUUAUUAGCUACAUUAGAAAAUUGGAUGUUUAGUGGAAAUAGAUCUAUAUUAGAGCUUAUAAGCUACUGUAUCUUUUGUCUAGUUGAAAGAUAAAUUUGAAACAUUAGUUCUAUGAUUAAAUCAGACCUGUUUACCUGUUUCUGAUUUUGCAAUACAAUGUACAAUUUUGGAUGUUUUUUUAGUAUUGCCCACAGAGACCUGUCUUAACUAUGCUUUUACAAGACCAGCUUUAAAAAUACAAUCUGUUGGUUUUUACACUUCAAAAAAAUUAGUGAAUAAACAUUGUUUUCGGUUGCUACUUUUAUCUACUUCCUACACAGGGGAGGUGUCAAAAUAUUUUUAAAAGCUACCUAUAAAUAAAUAACACCACAACUUUCGUAAUGAUUGUUAUAUUGUUGCUUUGUGUUGUCAGUGAACAACAACAUUGAUAUUGAGCGUUUUCGCCUAGUGACAAAUUUAGUAAACAUUCCGUUUUGUUUGCUUUGGUGUAUGAUGUAAUUUUGUGACACAAUUAAUUCAUUCUUCGGCUGAACUGCAAUUACUAAAAUUAGUAAAAUUGAGAAAACUACAGAAUUUUAAAAAAAAAAUGCAUUCUUAAUUGCUCCUCACAGCAGCAUUAGAUUUUAAUACAUUUUAUAAGAUUUGUGGCAAUUAAAAUCUUUUUUUUUUAGAAGUCACCAAGCAGCUGUACACUUUUAAUACCGGUACCCCAUUUCAGCUUAAGCACUCCUCUUUCCUUCUCCCAAGUCAGGUUGUGGUAGUUCUUAAGACUACAAUAUGUUAAUGGAAAAUAAAAUCGGGCUCCUAGGCUUAAUGCGGGGAUGGGCAACCCAUUACCCCCAUAUGUAUCACAGUUAAACUUAUCUCUCAUUCAAUUAGCGAUUAUUUUCAUUUUUGGCAUAAACACACAUUUUAAAUAUAUAUAUACAUCACUUUUUGUGAUUAUACUAUAUAUGUUUAUUUAUGAUUACAAAGCAGUAUUUUAUGAUUUUAGGAUGGGACAGUACUAUUCUGAUACUGUAUUGUACUAUUUAGGGAGUUCUAGUGUAACCAGGUCUGUAAAAUAUUUUAUAAAAAGUUAUCAAUGUCAUUAGUUACUGUUGGUAUUUUAAAAUAAGACAAUUAUAAGAUGAUAAAAUGUCUAAAAAAUGUCAGAUUAAUGUUCAUUUUGGUUAAUUCAUGUACAUUAGACUGUAAAUAUACAAACAAUAUCUGUGAUACCUGUACAAUGAUUUAUUGAAACUAAUUUUAUUAUUUGCUUAAGCACAUUUAUUUUGCUAAUGUCUUGUAAUAAGUUGGCAUUUAAAUAACCUCUGAAACUAAUAUGUGUUACUUAAUUAUAAAAGGGUACUUUUAAAUAGAUCAGUUUGUCAUUAAACUAACCUCUGAAAUUAUGAAACUAAUAUUAGUAACGCGUAAAUGUUAAUUUUAAUAAGAUCUGAACUUUUACUAUGACUUUGACACAUUAGAAUCAUGGGCCGGCGGCCUGAAGAGGAGGCAAAUAGGUUAAAAUAUGUAUGACCAGAUACAUUGAAUCAAGACAAACUUUACCAUGAAGGAUUAUAUUUAGUUUUUUUUCUAUGCUUUUUCAUUGUUGAAUUUUUUACAUACAUGUUGAUUAAAUGAAUUUUGCUUUACA